CUCGCAGAUAUUCUUCAUUCUCGUUUCAACGAGCGUUGGUAUAGGUCGUUCAAUAGUCGAAGCUACAGUUUUAACUUAAAUCUAAAAUGGAGUUUGUAGACAAGAAAUACAAAAUGGUCUCUUCAGAGAACUUCGAUGAUUUUCUAAAGACGAUUGGUGUUGGUUUGAUCACCCGUAAAGCGGCGAACGCUGUCACCCCAACAGUGGAAUUAAAGAAGGAUGGUGACAACUUUGUCCUGGUGACCUCAUCCACAUUUAAGACCACGGAGAUGAAGUUCAAGCCUGGAGAAGAAUUCGAUGAGGAGCGCGCUGAUGGUGCUAAGGUUAAGACAACGUGUACUUUCGAAGGCAACACCCUGAAACAGGUGCAAAAGUCGGCAGAUGGCGUGGAGAUCACCUACCUUAGGGAAUUCGGGCCCGAAGAAAUGAAAGCUGUUAUGACUGCCAAGGAUGUCACCUGCACCAGAGUGUACAAAAUACAAUAAGCCACAAGACUGCAGGGCUGCGCCCACUACAUUGUCCUAUCGUUUUACAUACAUUUAUUUAAACUACAUACUUUAAGAUAUCUUCUGCUUUACUGUUGCAAUCAUUAGCACAAUUUGUUUUUUGCCAAAAGUUUGAAAGUCGUGAGAAAACUAUCAUGUAUAUUGUAUAAGUCUUUGCUGUGUAUUUUUAAUAAAUAGUUUUCUAUAUAA